CACCAAAGAUAAAAAAGUAAAAAAGAGGGUUGACUAGUGACCGGCGACUGGUGAGUGGCGAGGUUGACACAUUGCCGCUUAGAUUAUGAGACUUUCAUCUUCACUACGCCCCCACCUACCUACUACCCUCUUCCAACCAUUCCCAGCAAAAAUAUAAAAUAAGAGGUCUCCUUGGUCUGAAUUUACAACACAAGAAAAAGGGUCUUCCAAGAUAAGGCUAUACGACCACAUACAGAUCCCUUGUUAUCAUCUAUUGAGUUUUAAUCUUUAUAACAUAGAGAUCAUAGCAAAGGUAAUCUUAUCUGCAAUUUCCAAUCAUAUGGAGGAGCAGCAGCCACCAUCACCAGCUCCACCACCAGGUGGAUCUUCAUCAAAGAUAAAGACAGAGGCUUUGGAUGUUCCCCUUCAGGCCAUUGGUUUCGAGUUCCAGCUAGUGUCCUCAACUAAAGUCUCUGGUAUCCUUCCUAUCACCCUCAAGUGCUGUCAGCCAUUCAAGGUGCUGCAUGGAGGGGUGUCAGCCUUGAUAGCUGAAUCACUGGCUAGCAUUGGAGCUCACAUAGCUUCUGGCUACAAAAGGGUAGCUGGAAUUCAACUCAGCAUCAACCACUUGAAGAGUGCCAAGUUGGGAGACCUUGUUCUGGCUGAAGCCACCCCCAUCUCUGUUGGCAAAACAGUUCAGGUGUGGGAGGUGAGACUAUGGAAGACUGAUCCUUCAAACUCAAAGGAGAAGAAAUCUUUGGUAUCAUCAUCUAAGGUCACCCUUUUAUCUAAUCUGCCAGUGCCAGAGAAUGCAAAAGAAGCAGGACAUGUUCUCAAGAAGUAUGCAAAGUUAUGAGUAAUACCACAUUCAAAGAAUCAUACUGAUUUAAACAAACAAAAUUUCAUAGUAAAUCCGGCUUUGAGUCGGACAUUUUUUUUUUGUUGCUAUUUCUUCAGCACCCUGAUCAUUAAUAAUACAUUUAAUCAGAACUUUGAGCUGUGUAAUUCAAAUAAAUGAAGGAGCAAAUUUCAUUCUUAAGACAUACAGAUCACAUUUCUGUAAGUACUCAUUGAGAUACACUCAGUCAUAUGCAUUGAGUGAGUAAUAAAACUUGUAAUGAUUAUUUUUUA